AUUAUCCACCAACAGGUUAAGAGUAUUGCCACACACCUCAGACCAGCACAACUCCUUUGAUGUUUCCCAUAUAGAUUUCCUGUUUUUUAAAAGGAGGUUGUCUGUAAUUUCCAUAAUGGAGAGACUAAGUACAUAAAAUAUAAAUGUGGUGAAUAAACUGUUUGUGCUAUGGGAGAUGGACCAUGGUCCUAGGGUAUUGAUUGGCACAUUGUUGUAUUCUGUUACUUUUCUCUCUCACGCUACUUCAAGCAGCUGUUAUAUUUGGCAGUUUCAUUAGAAUGAAAAAUGUCUUUAUAGGCCGCAUAUUUCCUCUAAUACCAACGUUUGCACCUGCUGCUAUUCAGAAUCGUAUGUAACAGUGAGUCUUUAUUUCCUUUAUUACCAAAUAAUCCAAUACCAGUGUAACAAACGUCUAUGUAGCGCUGGUUAAUCGGCUAAAAGGUUGGUGACAAAAUGCUGCAUCACCUACAUUCAUUAUUCAUGUGAUGAUCUGUCUAUCUUAGAUAAAAAUAAAGAUUACCUGAUGAACCAACAAGUGUACAAGCACAUGCACAUUAUACUUUUUCAUAAAUUUUCUCAUAAUAUGCACAAGAAAAAUGUAUAUAGUAGUUUUCAUAAUGUCUAUGAAAGUACUUAUUUAGACAGACAAAAAUUCAGAACACAAAACCAGUCAAAUUGGCGGACAUUUUAAUGUAUACAACAACCUGUGGAGAAUGUCAUGCCACUUUCAUUUAUUUUAUUUUGUUUUGUUUAUUUUACUUUAUUUUAUUUUUUGCAUGCCAGUUCAUUAUUGUGCUUUAAUCUCACAUAACACACCCUAAAAAAAAAAUUUAUUCAAAGGGUCAGAAAUAGGGUUAAUAUAUAUAUACAGAGAUAGAGAGAGAGUACAUUUUGUAUCUGAAUAAAAAUAAAUAAACUGAGAUUGCUCACUUGAAGCAACAAAGCUUUUGAUGAUCCUUAGAUCCUUCAGUACACGCAAGGAAUAAACUCCCUUAAUGGUGACCACACAGCUCGCAGAGUCCACCCAAUACCCCACCAGAAACUUUAGCCGUCCCAUCUUAGUGCCUCUAGCUCAAGUGUCCAACUUAUGUUUAAUAUGAAUGGAUCUGUACCUUGUUUAUAUCCUCCUGAAAUCCAGCAAUUUAUUACUUUUAAGUUCUGAUACUAUAUCAGAGACAUAAUUUAGCAUCAUAAUUUAGCAAAUACAUGGUAAUACUGUCAUUUUUAUUACUUUAUUGAAAUUUUUUGUAGAGUAAAAAACAAUAAGGUUCUUCUGUAAUAUGUUUCCAGUAUACCAUCAUGUUAAAAUAAAACCAUCACAGAACAUGACACUUACUAUUAAUUUCAAUGUAUUAAGUCUGAUUAAUUGAUGAUGGUUUUAAAUCAGAAACAACUAUUGUUGAAUUUUUAUAGGCCUAUUAUCUUCACAUUUAGAUUGCUAUUUAAAAAAAAGUUUAAAAAAAACCCAAAUGUGGGUUAAAUACAAGUCUAUUUUCCAUCUUUUUUACCACUCAGUUACAAAUAGUACUGUUAAAUAAUGUUCAGUAGUAAUUAAAUAGAAUAUAAUAGCGAACUGUAAUUUAGGAGAUCUUUUAUCCAAGGCGAUUUAGGGUUUACCUGGUUUUUAUGCAAAUGAAACUGUAUAGAAUGUUAUGUAACAUAUGCAUCAUAGGUCUAACUGUGAUAGCCAGCAGAUGCAUGUAGUCUAAUAUGUCUAAUGUUUAUUCAUUAUUAAUGUGUUAGCGUACAGUUACAAGCGCACCGUCGCCAUGGCUGCGUUAGAAACUUACCAUGACUUCUUUCAUACAGAUAAGAAAUAAGCAUCGUCUAUAAUAUGUCCUUAACGCGUUUGUCUCAAAAACAACUGUUUCGCACCAUGGACAAAAUCAACCAACAAAACUCGAUCUUGGCUCUGGAUUUAAUCAACAUAUAAAGUAAGUUUUCGCGUGUGGAGCAACGCGGAGAGGGAUAUGGAGAAGCAGAACAGGCUGGCUGUCAACUAUAAAAGUUAUUAUAUAUAUUUAAAGGUUACUAAACAAGCUUAGUAAUUCAUUUGACGUUUUUAACGCUUUUCUUAAUGACUUACGAUAUUAAGUGUCUUCAUCAAGAACAAAAUGGUGAUAGAACCCUCGUGGGGUUUGAACCAACAUCCUUUCACAUAUCAGCACAGAUAUUUAACCACUGAACUACAACACCGAGACAGCGACUGUGAUGUUUAAGAAAAUCAACGCAGCUUUUCGUCCGAACCAUCUUGGACCUCGCUCACGGGACAGGUUCAGGCCCAAUGAGGACUACCACAGCGCGUGCACUGUGAAACUGGUCCGGAGCACGUCUAUGCUCGUGGUCGGGGAGAGCAGACGCGCGCCGCAGGACACCACGCUGAAGCGAAGCGUGAGCGCCGUGAGCGUCGAGUCCUGCACGGCACUGUAUUACUACCAGAGCCGAGAGGACCGAGUAUGGCUCUAUUCUCAGAACCAGAACUGCUUAGAGUACUUACAGGAACUGGUGGCGCUCAGGCGUCAGUACACCAAGAGCAUCAAUGACCUCAAGAACAGCGAACACAAAGAGACCACGUCCCGCAAGAAGAACCCCGCACCCCGGCCACCGCAGAACAGAGCUGCACAGACUUCAAGGCCUGAACCUUCUGCUCCACCAAUCCCAAAUGAGGAAGACACCCUUCAGUUCUUUGAUGCAGUCAUUGCAAGCUGUGACCCAGAGCCCAGUCGAAAACCACAUAUGGAUAAUGGGCAUGCAGAUGUGGACUUCAUAGUGGCUACUAGUACCAGCGAACAUGACCUUCACUCUAACUGGGUACUUCGGGACCCUCGUCGAAUCUCCAUGACAGAGUCGCAGCCCAAGAAUUCAGAUAUCAGUCACGGACAGGCAGCCCAGCGGAAGGGGGACAUGGGAAGCACAGGUAGCAGGAGACGUCUACAACGAAACCCAAUCCACCUGCCAAAAGUGGUGGAGAGUGCCUUUCAGACUCUGCGCUUCAAACCCAAGCUCAAGAAGAAAGACUAGCUGCUUAAAGGAACACGCCACUUUUUUUGAAAAUAGGCUCAUUUUCCAACUUCCCUAGUGUUAAACAGUUGAGUUUUACCAUUUUUGAAUGCAUUCAGCCAAUCUCUGGGUCUGGUGGUAGAACUUUAGCUGUAGCUUAGCAUAGGUCAUUGAAUCUGAUUAGACCAUCAGCUUCUUGCUUAAAAAUGACCAAAGAGUUUCGAUAUUUAUCCGACGGAAAAUGAAAAGCUGGGAUUUUCUAGGCUGAUAUGGCAAGGAACUAUUACUAUCAUUCAGGCAUAAUAAUCAAGAAGCUUUGCUGUCGUACCAUGGGUGCAGCAGGCGCAGUGAUAUUAUGAAGUGCCUGAAAAUGAGCUAAUGUUGAAAGUUAGCUGGGUACUAUUUUCAGGCACUGCGCAAUAUCGUUGCGCCUGUCUAGAAAAUAACAACUUUUAAUUUUCCAUUGGUCAAAGUACACAAUGUAGCUAUAGAAGAGUCAAGUUUUAAAUAGUAUUUAAAAUAUUGAAACUCUUUGGUCAUUUUUAAGCGAGAUGCUGACGGUCUAAACAGAUUCAAUGAUGUACACUAAGCUACAGCUAAAGUGCUACUGCCAGGCCCAGAGAUCGGCUGAAAUGAAAAUGGUAAAACAACUGUAUAACUUUAGGGGAGAUGGAAAAGUAGCCUAUUUUCAAAAGUAGUGGAGUGUUCCUUAAAGCAAUGCUGACCUGUUUCCACUGUUUGUGCCCAGAUGACUAAAAGUUCACAGGAAUAGUCUGAAUCACCACAGAGGAUGCGAGCUCUGUGACGUAAUGUCAAUGCUUACUCACUGCCCAAGCUUCAUAAAUUAUCCACAGCAGAUCAGAUCCUUUUUGUCAGCAGCUUUCAAUAACAAACGUUUCAGGCAAUUAACAGAGCAUAACCACUGAACAAUCAUCCUGUGCACUGAUUCCAGCAACAAGAAUUUCCUAAUCACAAUAAUGCAGGUUCGAGAAUCACCUGUCUGGUUAACAGUUAGAUAUUCAGAAAGGGUUCAGACAUACGAGUGAUGCAAAACACAUCAGGGCCAAGGGGCUAGCUAUCAACUGCCUAGUUAUGAUAGGUGAGUUUUAAUUAACCAAAUGCAAAACUAACACUUGUAUUUUCCAUUUGUUAAGUGUAAUACAGUAAAACUUUAGGGGAUCCUUACUAUAGCAUUUCAUUAUAUGACAUCCCUCAAACUGGUACUAGGUGCCUUAGUGUGUAGAUUGUACAAUCUUUUUUUAUUAAUGUUUAUGAUGAUUUGUGAUUAUCUGUUAGUACACCAGAAUGCAAGAAAAGAGUGCUCAACUGUGUUAACUACUUCAGCUACUGUUCAAGUGGUGUAUUUCUAGUCAGUUGUUUUUUAAGCAUUAAAGCCUAUAAAGAGGAACUACAUGCAUGUGUUAGAAUCCAUAGCUAAAAAGGGCUGGUUUCUUUUUUUGAAAAAAAGGAAGCAGGA